UGACGUCAGAACGCCCUCGAGCUCGAAAAUGUUCGGGAGCGCCGUGCGCCUUGGGAUCCCGCUGGAAUUUCUGAGAAGGAAAUAAUACACAUUUAUCUGCGGUAAACCUGCGCGGAAGCGAAAAAUCUACGCUGCUGGUUUCCGCGGUUCGGCGACGUGUAAAGUUUGAAUGUUCGGUUGGCUCUAAGGCAAACUUGUCCGUGUUUUUUUUUUUUUUUUUUCCCUUUUUUUUUUUUCCCUCCUUCCGCGGAGUGAUGUCGAAUCCCGCCGGGACUCGGAGGAGCGGGUCUAGCAUUAAAAUCCGGCUGACAGUGUUGUGUGCCAAGAACCUGGCGAAGAAAGACUUCUUCCGGUUCCAAGUGAUGAACGCGUGUCUUUGGACUCACCGCACAUUCUGUGCCACAGGAUUACCAGACCCCUUUGCCAAGGUGGUGGUGGACGGAUCGGGACAGUGUCACUCCACCGACACGGUGAAGAGCACGUUGGAUCCGAAGUGGAACCAGCACUAUGAUCUGUAUGUGGGGAAGGCAGACUCCAUCACCAUUAGCGUGUGGAACCACAAGAAGAUCCACAAGAAACAAGGAGCAGGCUUCCUGGGCUGCGUGCGCCUCCUCUCCAAUGCCAUCAGCCGCAUGAAGGACACCGGGUACCAGCGGCUGGACCUGUGCAAGCUCACUCCCAGUGACAGCGACACAGUUCGAGGCCAAAUCAUUGUAAGCCUUCAGACCCGUGAUCGGAUAGGAGGCGGAGGGCCUGUGGUGGACUGCCGGGGACUUCUGGAGAGUGAAGGACCUGUCUUUGAGGACUCAGGACCAGGCAGGCCACUCAGCUGCUUCAUGGAGGAGCCACUGCCCUAUACAGACAGCACUGGUGCUGCUGGCGGCGGGGGGAGUGGCUGCCGCAUCCCAGAAUCACCCAAUCAGGAGCUUCAGACACAGCGAAUCAGAACCCAAGAGGGCAGAGGAGGGCAUGGACACACCCCUCAAAGCCGGCCACACGGACAUCAGUCACCAGACCUGCCUGAGGGUUAUGAACAAAGGACAACCAUCCAAGGCCAAGUUUACUUCCUGCACACCCAGACCGGCGUCAGCACCUGGCACGACCCACGGAUACCACGGGACCUCAACAGUGUGAGUUGUGAAGAUCUAGGACCACUGCCUCCGGGCUGGGAGGUCAGGAGCACAGUGUCAGGAAGGAUUUAUUUUGUGGACCAUAAUAACAGAACGACGCAGUUCACGGAUCCCAGACUGCACCACAUACUGAGUCAGCACUCGCAGGCCAAGGAGUCAAGUCAGGCUUUGCCUAUGCAGACGGAAGGCCCAGCGGAGGAGGGGGGUGGCAGCAGCGGCGAGGGUGAGCUCUCCAUGCGCUGUGAGCGGGACCUCGUCCAGAAACUGAAGCUGUUGCGCCAUGAGCUGUCCCUGCAGCAGCCGCAGGCGGGUCACUGCCGUAUUGAGGUGUCCCGCCAGGAGAUUUUUGAGGAGUCUUACAGACAGAUUAUGAAAAUGAGAGCGAAGGACCUGAAGAAGCGGCUGAUGGUCAAGUUCCGUGGUGAAGAGGGUCUAGACUAUGGCGGUGUGGCCAGGGAAUGGCUCUAUCUCCUCUGCCAUGAGAUGUUGAACCCGUACUACGGCCUCUUCCAGUACUCCACAGACAACAUCUACACUCUGCAGAUAAACCCAGACUCCUCCAUCAAUCCCGACCACCUUUCCUACUUCCACUUUGUGGGACGCAUCAUGGGCCUGGCUGUGUUUCACGGACACUACAUCAACGGGGGCUUCACGCUGCCCUUCUACAAACAGCUGCUGGGGAAGCCCAUCCAGCUAUGUGACCUGGAGACGGUGGACCCUGAGCUGCACAAGAGCUUAGUGUGGAUCUUAGAGAAUGACAUCACUCCUGUUCUGGACCACACUUUCUGUGUGGAGCACAAUGCUUAUGGUAAAUUCCUCCAGCACGAACUGAAACCCAACGGGAGGAACGUCCCUGUUACGGAGGAGAACAAAAAAGAGUAUGUGAGGCUCUAUGUGAACUGGAGGUUCAUGAGGGGAAUCGAAGCCCAGUUCCUGGCCCUGCAGAAAGGCUUCAACGAGUUAAUCCCACAACAUCUGCUGAAGCCUUUUGACAACAAGGAACUUGAGCUAAUCAUCGGGGGUCUGGGAAAGAUUGAUCUGAAUGACUGGAAGGCCAACACGCGGUUGAAGCACUGCACACCUGACAGCAACGUGGUCAAGUGGUUCUGGCAGGCCAUGGAGACCUUUGACGAGGAGCGGAGGGGUCGGCUGCUCCAGUUCGUCACAGGCUCCACGCGUGUCCCCCUACAGGGCUUCAAGGCGCUACAAGGCUCUACAGGUUCUGCAGGGCCGAGACUCUUUACUAUCCACCUGAUCGACGCGAACACGGACAACCUACCCAAAGCUCACACGUGUUUCAACCGGAUUGACAUCCCGCCAUACGAGUCAUAUGAGAAGCUGUACGAGAAGCUCUUGACGGCUGUGGAAGAGACGUGCGGCUUCGCAGUAGAGUGAAUUGUCAGCCGAUGAGCCAUAGCCACGCCCACUAGGGGAGUGGAGUGGAGGGGUGGGGAGGGGAGAGGGGCAGCCAGAAGAUCGACACCAGCGAGUACAAGACCUGCCAGCAUGAUUGAAGGCGCCAACCAGAUGAGAGAUGCUUUCCAGGAUGUCCUGGAGUGCUUGUGCACUUCCAGGGCCUGAAUCAGCAUGACAGAAGCAGGCCGAGAAUGAGAUGCUGGUGUCUUCACAGAGCUGGGGAGACGAUUCAGCUCUUGUCCGCCGCAAUAAAGUGAGGCACAUUCAGUGGCUCCAAUUCUGGCAGAGGUUAUGAUGAACGGGAACUCUUCCACGUUUGGCCUGUGUGCCGAUUCAGCAAAUCUAAACCAAGUUACAUUUGAGAGGAAGUACUCUUCAGACAAAAUACUUCAGUGAUGUGACAGCAGUUUCCUUUUCCUCUUACAUUUACACAUAUUUACUUUUGUUCACAUUUUGUCCUUUUUUAUAAGAUGUCACUUUUACAGGAUGUCUUACACGAUUUGGUGGUAACAGUUCAGUGUUGAUUUUGUCCUUUUUUAACACUGUGUUUUCACUCGCCUCUUCCAGCAAAGUUCCUUUCAGAAGAGAACAUGGCUUUUGUUUUUAUACUGCAGAAAAUAUAUUUUUUGAAAGAGAAGGUUGGCGACAGCCUACGGACAAGGCAUACACCUCCUUCUGGGCUCAGUGUCGCCGUCAAUCCUUUGAAAUACGCUGUUGCUGACAUGAAGAGUGAAUCUGUACCUUAACUGCAGUAGACAUGCUGAUUAGAUUAGCCUCUUCAAAGGAAUGGUGGGAACAUUGGGCAGAAAAGUGUUCUCAAGCUUUGUGAAUCUGUGUCCAAGAUUUACGCUUGAAUGUUUUAUAUGAUUAUUUGCACAUAGGAAUACUUCUAUUCCCCAGAGUUGUUUUUGUGUGUUAUGUUUCAGCUUGUUUGUCAUAACAAAUACGAAUGGUCACUCAGCUGAAACAUGUAAAUCUAUGUUGAAUGAAAGAUUCUGGGAAAUAUUUUUAGAAUGCAUAACUUCCCAAAAUGUUUUUCAAAGAAGAAGCUGAUUUGCUCUUUUUUUUUUUCCCUUUUUUUAUCAGAAGUUAAAAUUUUUAAUUGUGUGACAUGUGAACAGUGUCUGUGCCUGGGUUCAGCAAUCUUAAACCUCACUACUAACUGUGUGAGAACAGUUAACUUUUAAUAUACUGUGACUUAUCAGUCUAAGUGAUUCUAUCAGGACAUGAUGGAGAAAGGGGAAUGGAAGGACGAUUUUAAGUAUACUGGAUGUUUUCAGUGGGAACAAAGACUUUUUCUGCCUCUGCCUGCUUUGCCUUUGAAAAAUGAAAUAUAAAUGUUUUCAUUACAAGUGCAGAAGGAAAUGAAACUACUCAGUAUUACGUAGUUCUGGUUUACUGGCACUUCCAGACUUGUCGUGGACAUUUUCUAGCAGAGUGUGGAAAUGAAGUAAAGGCCACGUUGCGAACAGUACUGUUAAAACCGGCCUGCACCACAUCCUUAUAUUUUUCAUCAUGCACUUCACUUUCACUGAGGUGAGUCCACUGUGAUUCUUCUUUGUGUCACUAACAGAGGUCUGGCCUCCUGUCUCGGAGUAAUAUACAUUUAUAGAGUUUCAGUCAUAAAUAUUGAUCACAUCCUUCGAGGACUUUUCGGUAUCCAUCUUCUUUCCCCAAUACAAGAUGAUGUUCUGAGCAGCGAACUUGUGUUCCCCGUGUAAGAGCUUCUGAACCCCCAUCAAGUAAAAGGUGUAAAAUCUCACAGUGGCCCUCUGCAGUCUGGCACCAGCUUAUCGUUUAUACAAGAAAAUAUGAGCCAAGAUCAUUGUUUUAAGUGUUCUGCAACCACUUGAUUUGUAUUUUUUAACUAUUUAUUACUGUGCAAUGUCAUUUAAGUAAUGCUGCUAUCAUCAAUAUUCCCUACUUUUCAGAAAAGCUGAUUGUGAAAGCUGUACUUAUUAAUCUUUUUAUUUUAUGUGUAAAUCAAAGUAUUUAAAAGUUGCUGCUAUUAUCAAGAUAGGUUGAGCAUUUUUGAAAAUCCUGAGGAUGGAUGGACUUGGCUGUGACUAAGGCUGGACCCCGGAGGUCUCCUUCAUGUUUGUGAUAUAUGCAAUAAAAUCU